CAGGGGGAAGAGGAAGACAGAAACCUCAUUACUGGGCACCAGACAUGUGCACAGUGUUACCAGCCAAGCAGCUAUCAGUUCCAAAGAAGAUGGUGGCCGCUGUGCUCACCUUGCUCACCUCAUGUAAACAUGUUCAACCUGAUGAGCAACUGCUGUACCUGGGUCGCCAAAAUACAGGAGCCGAUCAGGAAAGUGACCAUUCUGGUGGUUGGUCUUGACAAAGCAGGAAAAACAUCCUCCAUCAGAGGGAUGUUAAGAGUCCCCCAUGGUGUGGAAGCAGGACCCACCCAAGGCUGUGUCAGAAAUGAGCUGAGAGUGGAGAACUACCUGGUCUCCUUGCUGGAUGUUGGGGGAUCAGCAGAGUCAAGAGGAGCCUGGAGGGAGCUCUGUGGAGAGGCCCAUGGGAUCAUCUUUGUGGUGGACUCCAGUGACAGGCUGAGGAUAAAGGAGGUCAAGGAGGUGCUUGCUGACCUGCUGAAGCAACCGAGAGUGGCAGGAAAACCCAUUUUAGUGCUGGCUAACAAACAGGACAAAAUGAACGCUUUGCUGGGAAGUGAGCUGAUUGAGAUUCUAUCACUGGAGAGGCUGGUCAACCAGAGCCGCUCUCUGUGCCAUAUUGAGCCUUGUUCAGCCUUAAUGGACUUGCGGCGCUGGUCGGACAGAAAGACUCUACGAGGCCUUCGCUGGUUGCUGCGUGCUGUUUGUCUAGAUUACCCUGAGCUGUGCACACGUGUCGCGCAGGACAGCAAGAGGCCUCUGGAACCAAGAGAGCGGGAAAAGGCCUGGAAAAGUGAGAAAGUUCGCAAAAAAACCAAAGUGGAAAGAAUGCGAUCCAGCAAGUCAGAUCUCCGCCAGGUUCAUCGGCCAAAAGAAAAGGAGAAAAAGACGAAGAGUGAAGGAAAGCUGCAACCCAUUCGUAACAUGCUGCAAAAGGAAACCACUCUGAAAAAGACACUGAAGACAAAGAAGAAGAAGAAGCCUGUUAAGACCAAAGAGGAAGAUGAUCAAGGAAAUGAACAGGGGGAGGAAGAGGAGGGCGACAGUCCUGAAGGAGAGCAAGAAAACUCUGUUCAAAGAGAGAAAGCCAGCAGUGCCCUGAUCCCACCGAAAAAAGUCAAACCAAAGCGAAAAACAAAGGUGAAAGAAGAGAGGACUGACGUGCCAGAAUCACCAGACAAUGACGAGAAGCCGCUCAAAGCUAAAGGGGAAACGAAGAAGAAGAAAAGAGUUGUCAAAGUGAAAAGAAAGAACAAGAUCAACACAGAGGAGAUGUCUGGAGCUUACCCUCAACCUGUGGACCUGUCUGCAACCUUUGAUCUUUACCGAAAAGCAAUACUGGCUCUGAAGGAACGUCAGGAUCAGGGACAGUGAGACUGAGUCCUGCGACCUGAGUGUGAGGACGUGGUCCAUGGCAGUAGGACACAGUCACACUACAUCACUUCAAAGACAGAUACACAGAUUCUUGUUAUGUCUUUAUUACUUUCCAUAGACCUAAGACCUGAUCUCUGAACCUUUGGAGUGAAAUUGUAAAUUCCACUGUGUAGUGAAGGGCAGGUCUGCAUAAUCAUGUAAUGGUAGAAUCCUUAAUAAUACAAAAUUUGAAAAAAAGAUUAAAGAUAAAUGUAUUAAUGACAAUGUAUAAAUUAAAGAAAAGUCAAAGAUAAAAUUGUGUAACUGGCCAAAAUGUGAACAGAGGUUUUGUUUGUGUAAAUCUAUGAAGUUUUGAUUGUAAGGAAAACAUGAUUUUGGAACUGUAUUUUUUUUUUACGGGUUUUUGAACACUUUCCAGAUAAUGACAGAGC